UUUAACAGCUGUUAAAACUUAAAAUAUAUAAGUUAGCAUUAUAAAACCAAAAACAUUAAACAUGCAUAAUAACAAUUUCAAACUCAUCUCAAUUCUUCAAGCAAAUGCUUUAAAAUGCGUAUAUAAAACAAGAACAACUUGUUUAUUUUAUUGUCGCCUUGAUCUAAUGUUUAUGUAAAAUAAUGCAUUUCGCUUGUCGCAUGAACCAUGCAAGUGACACAUACGCUUUGAUAACGAUAUCCAUUGACAACUGAAAGUCAACAUUGAACAUAACAAGAAACUCGAAAAUGAUCAGACCACGGCUAUUUCAAAGUGUAAAAUCUGCACUUGGAGUUAUCAAACGCUUUGCAAGUAACAUCUCGGAACAAAAGGUCAAUGUCGGAGGUAUUGAUAUCAAUUACGUGAAAUCCGGAGAUGGCCCCAAUGGGAUUUUGUUGAUGCCAGGCGCCAUCGGUUCGGCAUGGACUGACUUCAAACCACAAAUUGAAAAACUGCCCUCGUUGUUACCCGAUUACACAAUCAUCGCAUGGGAUCCACCAGGUUACGGCAAAUCAAUACCUCCCCGAAGACAAUUUGGUUUGGAUUUCUUUCAGAAAGAUGCUGAAUGGGCAAAAGAUUUUAUGCAAGCUCUAGGCUAUUCAAGUUUCUCCAUCCUUGGUUGGAGCGAUGGUGGGAUAACGUCUAUGAUCAUGGCUGCCAAGCAUCGCCGCCUGGUAGACAAUAUGAUAAUUUGGGGAGCUGGUGCUUACAUCAAUGAAAAAGAAAUAAAAUUGAUAGAAGGUAUGCGUGAUGUUUCAACAUGGUCUCAACGAAUGAGAGAACCCCUGGAAAAACUAUAUGGCCCCGAACGUUUCGCAGAAAUCUGGUCCGAGUGGAUCGAUGCUAUGUUAGAGUUCUUUAAACAACGGAAUGGAAAUUUCUGUAGGGAGGACAUAGAGAAAAUCGUAGUACCUACUCUUAUUUUGCAUGGAGUAAAAGAUCCAAUGAUAGCUGAAGAACAUAUACCUUAUAUCCGCAAGAGGAUUCUAGGAUGCAGGUAUUACUCAUUCCCAGAAGGCAAGCACAACAUUCACUUGAAAUAUUCCGACGAAUUCAACAACGUUGUUGCGAACUUUUUAUUACAAAAAUAUUAAAUAGGUGGAAGUCUUUAACCUUUUGUUCUCGAAGGUAUCAAUUACAUUUUGCACAAAUGGAUUUGGGAAUCGUCAAACCUCUAGAAUCAUAUCAAAAAAGAAUCAAUUAUGUGGAUCCAAAGCGAAAUCAUAAGGAAGCAAAGGGUUAAAAGCCAGUUAGUUUUGACGAAGUAGAAAAAUGGUAUAUUGUUUUUUAAUUUUACAAAGAAAGUGCCUUCGUUUUCAUUUAAAAUAAAAUUAAUACUCAGCAAAUUAAACAAUUUU